GGGUUGGGGGUGGUGGAAGGUGAUAAUAAAAAAUGGGGAAUGUGAAUGGAAGAGAAGAUGGGGAUGAAAGCCCAUCUGGGGCUGAGGAAGAUGGUGUGGAAGGUGGUGGUGGUGGUGUUGGUAUUGGUAUUGAUGGUGGUUUGGAUGAAGGCAUGGCUGCACCAAGUGUAGCCCUUGGUGUGUCUCCUCCUGACUUGAUGGGUCAGUCACCUCCUCAUAGCCCUAGGGCCACCCAGUCACCUUUGAUGUUCACUCCUCAAGUCCCGGUGGUUCCACUACAAAGACCAGAUGAGAUGUAUGCUUCGAGCCAAUCAUGGACACCAACUGCUUCAGGGUAUGAAGACAUGUGCACUGAGCAAGGAAUUCCUACAAUGAUUACAUGGAGCUAUGAUGGAAAUGAAGUAGCUGUGGAGGGAUCGUGGGAUGAUUGGAGGACAAGACUGCCCCUACAGAGAUCAGGAAAAGACUUCACCAUCAUGAAAGUUCUACCAUCCGGUGUUUACCAGUACAGGUUUAUUGUUGAUGGACAUUGGAGGUAUGCUCCUGAGUUGCCCUGCAUCCAAGACGAGGCAGGCAAUGCUUACCAUGUUUUGGACUUGCAGGACUAUGUUCCCGAAGACAUUGAAAGCAUUUCCAGUUUUGAACCUCCUCAGUCCCCAGAGUCAACUUAUAACAAUAUGCCGCUUGGAUCAGAAGAUUUUGCGAAGGAGCCACCAUUGGUCCCACCACACUUACAAAUGACUUUACUUAAUGUGCCUUCAUCCCACAUGGAAAUUCCACCUCCUUUAUCAAGACCUCAACAUGUUGUGCUUAAUCAUCUUUACAUGCAAAAAGGGAAGAGUGGCCCUGCAGUUGUAGCACUUGGUACAACUCAUAGGUUUAUAGCCAAGUAUGUGACAGUGGUGCUCUACAAGUCCUUGCAGAGGUAAACAUACACAUCCAUGUCAACAUUGUAAUCUUAACACUUUUAUGUAGCAAUAUAUGUUGAGAGGUAAUGUUAUUCCGACAGAGCUUACUCAGGAAGGAGCAUCAAAUGAGAUUUAACUGUUGUAUUUCACAUAAUAGAAUUACUUGAUGACCAUUGAUCUGAAAAUUUAUUGCUUGUUCUUUC